UCUAUUAUUUGCGUCAAAAAAAUACGGUGUAAUGGCGUGUUGCUCUACAUAUGAAUUAUCGCUCUUCAGUGUUAUGAGCCUUAAAAAUAGUUAAAAUCAACGAAAAAGUAUUUAUCGAUGUUUAAGAAUAUAUUAGUAUAUAUAUUUAUUUAUUUUCAUGCUGUUAGUGUAUCCUAUAAAGCUUAGAGUUCGAUAAAAAUGUUAGCUUAUUUUACAUUACUUUUCCUUGGAAGCACAUUUGCUCAAGUUAUUCUACCUGGCAAAUGUCCAGCUGUAUCGGUUAAAUCUGAUUUUGAUGUCCAGCAGUACAUUGGACGAUGGUUUGAACAACGUCGAUACUUUGCUAUUUUUCAAUUCGGUUUGCAAUGCGUUACAGCAACUUACAGUGCCAACAAUAAUGGUACCGUCAACAUUGUAAACCAAGGUACUUAUCCACUGAUUGGCGUAAAGCCAAGUAUUACAGGACUUGCAUAUGCAAAAACGGCCGAAAAGGCUAAAUUGUCAGUAAUUUUUCCAUCGCUGCCUGUGCAUGUUGAAGGUUCUUAUUGGAUACUUGAUACUGAUUAUAUUUCAUACGCAGUUGUAUGGAGUUGCACCAAUAUAAGUUUUAUAAGCGUUAGAUUUGCGUGGAUCUUAACAAGAGAACGUCAUAUUCCGGAUGAUAUUUUGGAAAAAGCUUAUAAGGUUUUAGAUAAAUACAAGAUUAACAAAUGGCUUUUCUUAAAAACAGAUCAAACAAAUUGCCCAACAAAUUAAGAAGAUAAAAGGAACUAAUCUAAGAAUAUAACUUUAUGUUAAAGAUAAUUACUUAUUAGUUUUUUUUGUGAUGCAAUAAUUUAAUUUAACAAAUGUGUGACAUUUUACUGUAACAAGACAUCAUUUUGAAUUGUCACUAUGGUCUUAUAAACAUAUUAUAAAAUAAAUAUUCA